AUGGCCACAGUCCCUUCAAAACCUAAAUCAUCUGUUGCUGAUGAUCAAAUUAAACGCCUCUAUGGCAACUUGCCUUCAAGAGCUCAGCUCUUGAAUAAAAAAUUACAAGAUAGAAAAUACUUUGAUUCAGGUGAUUAUGCUCUUAGUCAAGCUGCUCGUAAUUCACAACCUACAUCAACAAGUACUCAUCAAUCUUCUAAUAAUACUUCAUCUCAAAUUCCUUCUUCAAAUAUUACCCAACAACAACAACAACAACAACAACAACUACAACCUCCUGCUUACUUUGUUGGUUCAAGACACCCAGACCCAGGAUCUAUUCCUCAUAAUUAUAAUAGUGCUAGAAGAGGCUCUACUGUUACUUCAAGCCCUCCACGUCGCUCAUCCAUCAUUAGCUCUGGAGAACUUUAA